UGCAUGCAGUGCGGCCCAGGUGGCCUGGGACAAUGUGUGGGACCCAGUGUUUGCUGCAGUCCACAUUUCGGAUGCUAUAUGAACACUGAGGAAAGUGAAGUUUGUCACCAAGAAAACAAGAACACAGCGCCAUGCUCCAUCAGUGGUCAGGCCUGUGGGGUACAUAACACAGGCCAUUGUGUGGCAGUCGGAGUCUGUUGCGAUUAUGAGUCUUGCUCAGUCAAUGAGAGAUGCAUACUUAACAAGAAAAAGGAACCAGAUGUGACGAUUCGAAGCGAAGUUGUGCAGUUAAUAGAAAAACUGCUUGGAAGUGUGGACUCCGACUAG